AUGACUACAACAGAACCAACAAAACUUGAUACAUUCCGAGCUAAAAUUGAACAACGUAAAGCUUGUGAAAAGAAAGCAUUUGAUACAUGUAUAAAAUUAAUUGAAGAAGACAAAGUCGAUAAUGAAACAUUAAUUAAUGCAGCGAUUUUGAUUGAUCAAGAACGAUAUCGAGGUAUUAAUGAAGAUCGUGCAUUAGGUCAUAAAUGUGGUUAUCCUAUUUGUUCCAAUUCAUUACCAAAAGAUAUUCCAACUCAUCAAUAUCAUAUUAAUGUUAAAUUAAAUAAAGUAAUCGAUACAACAGAACGACGAUUUUUUUGUUCAACAUUUUGUUACAAAGCAUCAAAAUAUUUCGAACGUCAAAUUCCUAAAUCACCUGUUUGGGCUCGUGAACAACAGCAAGAAACUAAUAGUUCAUUAAACAUUGAAUUAUUAACACAAGAAAAUUUAGAUAAAGUAAAACACGAUAAUAGUACAAUUAUAUCUCAAUCAAACUAUAUUCGUUCAAUUCCUACACGUCGUGAAUCAUCUUCAUCAUCAUCAUCAUCCGAAGAUGAAUUCGAAGAAUUACAAAUAGCUCGUGAUGCAUAUUAUAAAUCACGAGCUACAGUAUUACAAAAACCAUCUUUAGUUGAAACAAAACUUAAACAAAUCUCAUUACCUGAUCAUAUUCGAACAGAUAAUACAACGAUUGAUUUUGCUAUUACCUGUUUAUAUGAAUGGUUAACAAAUAAAACAAAAGAUUAUUUACAUAAUGAUAAUACAGAAGCAUCUGUUACAUCAAUUAAUCCUGAACGAUAUGAACAAUUAGUAAAUAAACUAAAUGUACAAGAUAUCAUAACAUCCGAUGGUGUUCGAGCUGAGAAAAAACUUCCAUCUUUAAAAGAAUUACAAAAAACAACAGCUGAAACUCAAUAUGAAGUUAAAGUAAAAGAAUUUUUCUUUGGUAAAGGUGACAUAAAAGAAGAGGAAACAACACAAUCAUCUGCUAUAAUAUUACCUCCAGUUGAUGCCUACUCUCAGCAAACAAUUCGCUUGUCAAUUGUUAGUGAAAAAAUCAUGACAUGUUUCACUAGUGAAAAUAUAGCUUUAAAUUCAAAUGAAUGGACAAUUAUGACUUUAUUUCUUAUUCAUUUAUUAACAAUAAAACUACCAAUGUUAUUGACUCAUAUAACAGAAUCGAAAAUAAUCGAAGCAUUAUUAACUAGAUUGAAUCUAUCUUCUGAUAUGAUUAUUCAUAUUAUAAAAUAUUUACUUGAACAUCCCAUUGAUAAUUCACAAUUAUCAAAACCUUUAACAAAUUUUGAAGAUGUUGAUUAA